AUGGCCAGGGCAAAUAACGUGACUGAGCUGAUCAUCACUGGCCUUUUCCAGGAUCCCGAGGUGCAGGAGGUGUGUUUUGUGCUGUUUCUUCCUGUGUACCUGGCCACAGUGCUGGGAAACGGCCUCAUUGUUGCAGUGGUCAGUGUCAGUAAGAGCCUGCACUCCCCCAUGUACAUCUUCCUGAGCUCCUUGUCUCUGGUGGAGAUCUGUUACUCCUCUACUGUUGUCCCUAAGUUCAUCACUGAUUUACUUGCUAAGGUUAAAACCAUCUCCCUGAAGGGCUGUCUGGCUCAGAUAUUCUUCUUCCAUUUCUUGGGGGUUGCUGAGAUUCUUCUGCUUGUGGUGAUGGCCUAUGACCGCUAUGUGGCCAUCUGCAAACCUCUUCACUACAUGAACAUCAUGAGUCGUCAAGUGUGUCACAUGCUGGUGGCUGGUUCCUGGCUGGGGGGCCUGAUUCACUCCACAAUCCAGAUCCUCAUCACCAUUCCAUUGCCCUUCUGUGGUCCCAAUGUGAUUGACCACUACUUCUGUGACCUGCAGCCAUUAUUCAAGCUUGCCUGCACUGACACCUUUAUGGAGGGGGUUGUUGUGAUGGCCAACAGUGGCUUAAUCUCUAUAAUCUCUCUUCUUAUCCUGGUGUUCUCCUAUGCCACCAUCCUAAUCACCUUGAGGAACCAUUCUGCAGAGGGGAGGCGCAAAGCCCUCUCCACCUGUGCUUCUCAUAUAACCGUGGUCAUCUUGUUCUUUGGACCUGCCAUCUUCCUGUACCUGCGACCCUCUUCCACCUUCACUGAAGACAAACUGGUGGCUGUGUUCUACACGGUUAUAACCCCCAUGCUGAACCCCAUCAUCUAUACACUCAGAAAUGCAGAGGUGAAAAAUGCCGUGAAGAAGUUGUGGGGCAAGAAGAGCUCAGAGACAGAGUGA